GCUUUGAUUUCAACAUCGAAUCGAAAAAUGGAUAAGUCAACGGUACUUAAGUCGACAAUAACAUUCCUCAAGCAUCACAAUGAAGCAACCGAUAGAUCAAAAGUUUAUGAAAUACAACAGGAAUGGAAACCGUCUUUCCUCAGCAACGACGAGUUCACUCAGUUAAUGUUGGAAUCUCUGGAUGGUUUCAUAAUCGUUUUUGGCAGUAGCGGCUCCAUAUUUUAUACAUCGGAUAGUGUGACCGCCCAAUUGGGUUACUUACCGUGUGAUCUCAUGAAAAUGACAAUUUUCGAUUUAUGCUAUGAAAUGGAUCAUGAGAUCCUUUUGAAUAUAUUCCUCAAUCCCAAGCCUGUAAUUGCUCCCAUGCAAACUGACAUUAGCGCCCGUAAUCAAAUUACGUUCUUUCUGCACUUGAAACGUUAUGGGACGGAGAAUGGCGAUCGGAACUCGUUUGAAUUAGUAAAAUUUGUAGGUUAUUUUAGAAAUGAUGCAAAAGUCGAUGCGGUCGCACAAAAUACUCAAACGUCUCUACCUCGCGGUGUGCAACGAAGUUCAACGUCUUCCUUCGAUCAUUUGGAUCAUAAGUUGAUAUUUGUGGGUACCGGACGUUUGCAAAUGCCGCAGAUGAUAACCGAAAUAACGGUGACAGAUCCGACUUGCAGUGAGUUUACCUCGAAACACAGCAUGGAAUGGAAAUUUCUAUUUCUCGAUCAAAGAGCACCUCCCAUAAUUGGCUAUAUGCCGUUUGAGGUUCUUGGUACAUCAGGCUAUGACUAUUAUCACUUUGACGAUAUAGAUGCCAUUGUCAGCAGUCACGAGAAAUUAAUGAACGAGGGCAAAGUAAAGUCCGGCUACUACCGUUUCCUAACCAAGGGUCAUCAAUGGAUUUGGCUGCAAACAGAUUCCUACAUUUCCUAUAAUCAGUACACAACCAAGCCUGAAUAUGUGGUCUGUACGCACAAGGUUAUCAAUUAUAUAGACGUCUUAAAAUACAAUAAGUACGAAGGACACAAGUUAGCCACAUCGGCCAAACCAUCAGCAUCGUCUGGUCAAAUGCAGAAUCCCACCAAUAUAGAUAACACACCCGCUGAUAUUACAACGGAUGGAAUGCCAACACUGGCAACUUCAACGGCAGCCGUGACCUGCACAACACCGAACAAUAUGACAACCGUCAAUAGCUCCAACAAUUUGUACAGCCAUUCUGCAAAUCUCAUUGGUGAUAUUCUACGCAACGAGACCUCACCCAGUUUAGAUUCUUCGACACUAUGGACAAAUCCACCCACGCCCACUGGUACGGGUCAAGGAUGUCAGUUGCAGGCUAUAAAAUCAAAUUCUCGUCCCGCUUCCAGUUAUGGUAAUAUUAGUUCGACGGGCGUAUCGCCGAAUGUGAAACGGAAACGUUACAUGUACAAUUGCCGUGGCAAUGAAUCGGAUUCCACAUCGAUGUCAGCGGAAUCGGGAACUAGUCGUCAAUCGCUGAUGACUCACAUGAGUACGCAUCAGCAACAGAACUCAACUUCAAAUCCGCAUCAUUCCCACUUUUCACAUCAUCAUCAACAAAAUCAUUCGUUACAUUCGCAACAACAACAAUCGCAACAUAGCCAAAAUCCUCAUCAGCAACAACAACAACAAAUACCAAUGAACCCUUCGGCUCAGGGUCAGAGAAUGUUUCAGUCAAUAUCGCAGCAUCCAGCCAUUGUGCAGGGUACUCCAAUGGCCGGAACUGGAACAUGUCAAUUUUCACAGCCCACUUUCCCGCUACGUAGUCCACAGAUUGUGGCACCACCAUUUAUUGAAUCACCGCAAUACCUUACAGCCAUACCAGUGCAACCGGUGAUAGCCCCAUUUCAGGUUGCCCCCGUCAUAUCACCGUUACCGCAUCACCAUCAACACGACAUGAUAGCUGCCCCCGUAGUGAUGAGCCCCUCUCAAAGUCAAUUGCAGGAACAGCUGCAACGUAAACAUGACGAACUGCAAAAAUUAAUUCUCCAACAACAGGAUGAAUUGCGGAUUGUGUCCGAGCAAUUGCUGUUGGCCCGUUACACCCUGCUGCAGCCCAUGAUGCCCGUGAACUAUGGUCAGACCGAGGCUAUGCCAUUGGGCACCAACAGCCGCAACAUCAAUUUGAACACCAAUGCGGUACAACAGCAGUUCAAUCAGUAUGGCUUUGCUCUGAACUCCAAUGAAAUGAAUAAUCAACAAAUAAUGUUGCAACAUCAACAGAACUUGCAACAGCAGCUGCAACACAACCAGGCACAAAGGAACCAGUGUCAACAGCAGCAGCAACAACACCACCAUGGAAGCCAACAAUUACAAAGCCAAGCAUCGAAUAUGAUCAGCACUAACGAGGCUUUAGGUAAUACCCAUAUAACACAACGACCGCUCAAUUCUGAAGAUCCAGAUCAACUGAUUCUAAAUCGCAAUGUACCAGAGCUGGAGCAAUUCGCCCAGGAAGAAUUCGAUGCAUUUCUAAAUCUAUCACCGUUACAGAAUAUGGGAUCAUCUGAACCACCAUUAAACCCCAUGUCAGGUACAGUACAAAAUGCAAGUGCAGCAAAUUCUAAUAACCCCGCCGACAUAAGCAGCACAAGCAAUCGCCUUAACAAUUCAAAUUCUGGGCAGAUUUUGGAAACAACAUCACCCUAUAAAGGUGAUUCUAAUAAUGCUGCAGCUACAACCAGUGAAGAUUCAAUCUUCUCAUACAUACAAUUAGCCACAGACUCUAGUCAUCCGCUGAACUUCAAUAUAAACAUGAGUGAUGCGAUUCCCGAUGCUAGUGUGGAGGAUACCAAACUAAUAACGCAUCCAGCUAACGAGAGUAGUAGUAUAAAUCCACAGAUUACAUUGCCGAUCACUCAGAGCACACCACAACAUUCGACAACGUCCUUAGGUCCGCAUUCUCAGCGAUCGCCAUUAUUUCCUGCUUGCCAAUCGCCCUCCAGUACAAACGAUGUUCAACUUACCAAUGUUGAGGCACACCAUCAUCAGCCAGCAUCCCAAAUCGGCACCAGCAGUGGUAACAAUAACCCCUCUAACAACAACAACCCCAACCCAACAACCAAUAACAACGAUUCGAGUGUACUGUCAGAUACUUUGAAUCGAAUAUUACCAUUUCAAAUGGCCACCGAAUCAUCAUUACAAAAUCUUUUUAAUACGGCUUCGCAGCCCAGUGGCAGAUCAAAUCAAUAG